CCUCUCGACUGCAAAAUCUCAAUCGCAGGUUUCAAACCCUAGAUCUUGAGAUCGCUUGAGAGACGCCCUUCCAUGGCGGCCGACGCGGAGACCUUCGCCUUCCAGGCCGAGAUCAAUCAGCUUCUCAGCCUCAUCAUCAACACUUUCUACUCCAACAAGGAGAUCUUCCUUCGUGAACUCAUUAGCAACUCCUCCGAUGCGUUGGACAAGAUCCGGUUCGAGAGCCUCACCGAUAAGAGUAAGCUCGACGCGCAACCGGAGCUGUUCAUCCAUAUUAUCCCCGACAAGGCUACCAAUACCUUAUCUAUCAUCGACAGUGGCAUCGGCAUGACUAAAUCCGACCUUGUCAACAAUCUUGGUACCAUCGCCAGGUCGGGCACCAAAGAGUUCAUGGAAGCCCUUGCUGCUGGGGCCGAUGUCAGUAUGAUCGGUCAGUUUGGUGUGGGGUUCUAUUCGGCCUACCUCGUGGCGGAGAGGGUUGUUGUGACCACCAAGCACAACGACGAUGAACAGUACGUGUGGGAGUCACAGGCCGGGGGUUCAUUCACCGUAACCAGGGAUGUUUCUGGUGAGAGUCUUGGUAGGGGAACAAAGAUUACACUUUUCCUCAAGGAGGAUCAGUUGGAGUAUCUUGAGGAGCGCCGCCUCAAGGAUCUCAUCAAGAAGCAUUCUGAGUUCAUCAGCUACCCUAUUUCCCUUUGGACUGAGAAGACCACUGAGAAGGAAAUUUCUGAUGAUGAGGAUGAGGAAGACAAGAAAGACACUGAGGAAGGCAAGGUGGAGGAUGUUGAUGAAGAAAAGGAAGAGAAAGAGAAGAAGAAGAAGACAAUUAAGGAGGUUUCUCAUGAGUGGUCUUUGGUCAAUAAGCAGAAGCCCAUCUGGAUGAGGAAGCCUGAGGAGAUCACCAAGGAAGAGUAUGCGGCUUUCUAUAAGAGUCUGACCAACGACUGGGAGGAGCAUCUAGCUGUGAAACAUUUCUCUGUUGAGGGUCAGCUUGAAUUCAAGGCUGUUCUUUUUGUGCCCAAGAGGGCUCCUUUUGACCUCUUUGACACUAGGAAGAAGCUCAACAAUAUUAAGCUGUAUGUCCGUCGUGUCUUCAUCAUGGACAACUGUGAAGAAAUAAUUCCAGAAUACCUUAGUUUUGUCAAAGGUAUUGUCGACUCUGAGGACCUUCCUCUCAACAUCUCACGAGAGAUGCUCCAGCAGAACAAGAUUCUCAAGGUAAUCCGCAAGAACCUAGUUAAGAAGUGUGUCGAGCUCUUUUUCGAGAUCGCUGAGAAUAAAGAGGACUAUAACAAGUUCUAUGAGGCAUUCUCGAAGAAUCUCAAGCUCGGUAUCCAUGAAGACUCCCAGAACAGGUCAAAGCUUGCUGAAUUGCUAAGGUAUCACUCAACAAAGAGUGGGGAUGAGAUGACCAGCCUCAAGGACUAUGUGACAAGGAUGAAGGAGGGCCAAAAUGACAUUUACUACAUAACCGGCGAGAGCAAAAAGGCUGUGGAGAACUCCCCAUUCCUCGAAAAGCUCAAGAAGAAGGGCUAUGAGGUGCUUUUCAUGGUUGAUGCAAUUGAUGAAUAUUCUGUAGGCCAGCUGAAGGAAUUUGAGGGUAAGAAGCUGGUUUCUGCAACAAAGGAGGGACUGAAGAUUGAUGAGAGUGAGGAUGAGAAGAAGAAGAAGGAAACACUCAAGGAAAAAUUUGAGGGGCUGUGCAAAGUCAUAAAGGAAGUGUUGGGUGACAAGGUGGAGAAGGUCAUUGUGUCUGACCGAGUUGUUGACUCCCCCUGCUGUUUGGUGACCGGCGAGUAUGGAUGGACUGCCAACAUGGAGAGGAUUAUGAAGGCACAAGCUCUCAGGGACUCCAGCAUGGCUGGUUACAUGUCUAGCAAAAAGACUUUGGAGAUCAACCCAGAAAACCCCAUUAUGGAGGAGUUGAGGAAGCGAGCGGAUGCUGACAAAAAUGACAAGUCAGUCAAGGAUCUCACGCUCCUGCUGUUCGAGACUGCUCUUCUUACCUCUGGUUUCAGUCUCGACGACCCCAACACCUUUGGCAACAGGAUCCACAGGAUGCUGAAAUUAGGCCUCAGCAUUGACGAGGAUGAAAAGGUGGAAGAUACUGACAUGCCUUCCCUCGAAGAAGCAGAUGCGGAAGAGAGCAAGAUGGAGGAAGUAGACUAAUCCAGAUCGAGGCUUGCUAUCUUUCUAGUAAUCCUUUUGCUUACUGCUCAUUUAACAUUGAACUGAGAGGUUAUGUAUUGUUGCUAUCUUGUCUCUAUGGGCUUUUGUGCAAACGCAGGCUUUGUGACUUUGCUCAAUUUUUUUUUUUGACGUCUGGAUGUGCUUAUAUUUUUUUUUAUUAU